AUGAACAUACCUCCCAACCAGAAUCCCCUUCAAAUGGGCGGGACUUCUUCGUCAUGGCAAGGAAUGUAUUCAGGCGAAGAAAGACAAAAAGUUGUUCAAAUUAUUAUCAAUACUUUAACUGAACUCAAUGGCACAAACCCAAAUUUCAACCAACAACGAUUAGCUAAAAUGGCCCUGGAUUUUGAAAAGAUUGUUUAUGAAAAGUCUCCUUCUAAAGAGGAUUAUUUGCGUGCUAUCAAAAUAAAGGUUCAUCAACUCCGACUUCAAAAACAACAGAUGGCUGCUAAUCAAGGCGGUCAAUCCAUCAAUCCUCAACAACAACAACAGCAACAGCAACAGCAACAACAGGUACCACCACCUCAACAACAACAACAACAACAGGCCCAAAGAGGAAACAACAAUAUGAACCAAAUGAAUUCGCAAAACUUGCAGUUCUUGCAGCAACAGGCGCAAGCAAGAAGUCAAUCACAAGCUCAAAUCCAAGCACGUCAACAACAACUUCGUAACAUGGUCAACCAACAACAACAAGCACAACAAUCUCAACAACAACAACAACAAGUUCCACAACCUCAACAACAACAGCAGCAGCAACCACAACAACAACCUUCACAACAGCCACAGCCACAACAGAACCAGCAACCAGGUGGUGGUCAAGCUCCUCCUCCAACUCAAAACCAAUUACCUCCACAUUUGGUGAACUUGAUGAGAACCUCACCCAUUCCACCUCCUUUACUUAAUAAAAUGCCAAAGUUGCCAAAUGGAGUGAACACAUGGAAUCAAAUUUUUGAUUUAAUUAGGAAAGAAAUUAUACCUAGAGAUAUGGUGCCCGCUAUUAGAGACAUUCAUGGAAUGCAUUUACAAUUGUUUAUGCGCCAACAACAACAAAAGAUGAAUAUGCAAAGAAAUAUGAAUGAGGGACCUGUCAAUAAUAAUGAUAAUUCAGCAAUGCAACUGAAUUUGAAUAAUAAUAACAAUAGUAAUAAUAAUAUGAUGGGUAAUAUGCCUCCAAACUUUAACAAUUUGACUCCACAGCAAAGAGAACAAAUUUUGAGACAAAGAAGACUUCAACAGCAGCAGAUGCAACAACAAAAGCAAGCUAACCAGCCUCAGGUUCCUCAAACACAACCUCCACAACAAACUCAACAACCACAACCUCAGCAACAAGUCCAAUCACAACAACAGGGGCCACAACAAAUGCCUCAACCAAUGGUACAACAAAAUCAAAACCCUCAGAUGGGUCAACUGCUGAAUAUGCAACAACAGAAUAUUCCUCCUAACCAGCAGAGACCACCACAAUUCCAAGUCACAGCAGAGGAUUAUGCAAAGUAUAACAAUGAUGCAUUGUUGUUUUUAUCAAAAUUGCUGCAGCAAAAGCAAUGGCCUGCACAAAUUGAUGAAUCAAUGAAAGAACAAUUCAUCAAGAAGUUUAUCAUUCAUCAAAAGACCCAACAAUGGAAACAGCAACAGAUGCAGCAACAACAACAGAGAGGUAAUACUAAUAACCUUGGAAUGAAUACUGGUACAUCUGCUGCUCCACCUCCACAAGCGCAACCACAAUCUCAGUCACAGCCAUCACAACAACAGCCGGUUGGACAGAUGCCAAUGCAACCACAGGUUAAUUUACAGAACCAACAACAACAACAGACUCUGCAAAAUGGCCCUCAAGCACAAGUUCAACAACCAAUACCAGGCAUGGUUCAAGGUCUGCCGGUUAUGAGCAAUAUGGCUACUCCACUUAUGAAGCCAAAUACUCAGUUGAAUGCUAAUAAUGUAUCAUCGCCAUUGAUGGGUCAAAGAAUGAAUAUGAAUAAUGCCAAUGCCAACGCCAACGCCAAUGCGAAUGCAGCUAUGCCUCCUGCUGGUAAUAACAAUAACAACAAUAACAACAACAGGGUAAGACCAGUCACAGCCCCAGCUAACAUUAAUAUGUCGUCAAUAAUUCCACCUUUAACCGACGAAGUAAAGCUCAGAUUAAGACAAUUGAUUGAAGAGGUUUCUAGAAACAAUGUUGUUUUACGAGAUGUGACAAAUUUGCUUUCACCACAGGAUAAAACUACUGUUAGAGAAUCAAUGAACCAAAUUCAAGAGCAAUAUGGUAAUGUCGAUAGUGUGAUUAGUUACUUUUACUUGCUUACAAAAAAUGGUGAUGGAACCAAACGUUUGAUUCAGAUGAAAUAUAUGACAAAAAAUAUUUUGGAUAAUUUGCAUAGAGGUAUUUAUUUAGCCGGUCCUGAUUUGUUGGAGAAGGUUAAGAGUCAAUAUGCAAAGUAUUUUGACUAUGUUAGAGAACAAAUCAAUAUGAGAAGACAACAAGCUCUUCAACAAGCAGCUGGGGGUGCACCACAGCAGCAACAAUCACAACAGCAAGUGCCACCACCACAGCAACAAUCGCAACCUCAACAAGGAAUGCCUAGACUGCAACCACCUCAAGGUCAGCAACCAAUGAUGCAAGGUCAAGUCAGAAACCAACAGUUCAUGAACCAAAAUCCACAGAUUGCAAUGCAACAGCAACAGCAACAGCAACAGCAACAGCAACAGCCAAUGAUGGGACAACAUGAUCAAAUGAAUAUGAAGAAUUGGAGUCCUGUUCCUGGAGCUGGUCCAAACCAGAUGAACAUGAAUUCGCAACAAGCUCCGCAGCAGCAACAGUUGCGUCAAGGAAUCAAUAGUAGUCCGUUGAUGCCUCAACAACUAACACCAAUGCAACAGCAACAACAAUUACCACCGCAACCGCAACCGCCACAACCAUCACAACAGCAUCAACAAAUGCCAGGUCCACCACAAAUGCCUAUGCAACCACAACCACAACCACCGAUUGCAAAACCUACUACCGCAGCUGCACAGAAGACAGCUGCCAAGACAACAGCCAAGAAAGGUACUCAAGGAAGAAAGAAGAGCAAGGCUAAUAAUAGCGCACCAACACCUGCAGCUUUACCUGCCGCUACUCCUGGUACUUUGGCCAAUGCAAUCAAAACCCCGCAUAGCAUUCCUACACCACAAAUCCCACCACAAAGUCAUAGUAACAAAAACACACCAUCAGCUCAUUCACCUGCUUAUCCUGUGAAGGCAACACCUUCGGGAACAACUCCUGGAACUGGUAGUUUUAGCAAUGUCAAUUCUAAUAAUGUAUAUCCUACACCAGAGAUUGAUGUUUUUGCCAUGAGUUCGAACGACUCCAAGGUGGCUAAACGUCGUGAGUUGUUGAAUACUGAUCCAGAAAAGUUUUUCUAUGCUUCAUUGGCCAAUUUGCUUGAUUUGGAUGAAUCGGUUGUUGAUAAUGUCAAGGUUUCUCCAAGGAUGUCUAAUGGUAAACCAAUUGCCAAUUCUCCAUUAUCCCCAAAAAUUAGUGGUGAGUGGACUAGUGAGGUUAAACCUAUGGCAAUCACAACUUCAUUUAGACAAGUUGAUGCUAUUAAAGACUUGACAAAUGAUGAUAUCAUAUCUUCAUGUGGAAUGUUGGCAAUUCAAGAGGUUGAAGAACCAAAACAAUUGAAGAGAGAACGUGAACAAGAGGAUGAAUUAGAUACAUUGUUUAAUGAUAAAAAAUUAAAGUUGACUGAUGGCAAUAAUUUUGACAAGUUCCUAUAUGAACCAUCAUCAUUUGAUGAAUGGAAAGAUUUUGUUGUUUCUUUUAUACAGUAG